GGCUGCGCAGCCGCGAGAUUUCCGUUCUUUUCCCCUCGGAGAAAGCAUUGUGCUGGCGAGUAUUUCCGGGGGAGCCAUUAUAGGACGGACCCAACCGGACAGGGGAGCCGGAAGUACUGCGCUGAAGCCCAUUGAUAGCACCACGGGGAUGCUUGGUGGACAGAGAGCGGCCAGUGCCGGGCGGGAGCGGAGCGGCGACUCUGCGAAGACACCGAGCUAGGCGAGAGGAGCCGUAAAGGGGAGCGACACCCGUCUCGCGCGGAAUACGCUGACCAACCCCGCCCCCCUCUGGCGGACCGGAGGGCCCCCUCGCAGUACACACACUUCCCGGCAAGGGGAAGAGCUGAACUUCCUUGUGCCUUCUCGACAUAAAAGAGGUGACCCAGGGAGUGCAGACUUGAUCACCCCCCCAGGCCUGGCGAGCAGAGGGCGCUGAAACUCCCCUGCUCUGUGGUGGGCAAAGGUGAGCAGCCCCGUCCCUGGGAAGCCUGGGCGUGAGUGGAGUGGCGUAUACACAUCCCGCGCUGGCCUGCGGUGGGCGGAGCUGGGAACUUGCGUCCCAAGUGAGUGACAGUGGGCAGGAGCUUCUCUUUGCCGUUAUAAGGUUGUUGGGGAACAGUGGAGGCCCCCUCCAAAAAAAUUGCGGACUUCGUGUGCAACAUGAGCCCAACCAUCUCUUACAAGGACAGCAGCCGGCAGCGCCGGCCUGGCAGCUACCACCAGUCCAUGGACAUGGAGAUUAAGCCUCCACCACCAGCUCUGUACAUGGAUAAUCACACUGCGAGACCAGGAGAAGAUGACACAGAGGCACUGCUCCAGGGAUUUAACUCACCAUCCUACAUGGUAUCCCAGGGAUAUCGGGCAGAACUGGGUAGUAUCCUGCUCCUCCUUUUUCUGUAUGUACUACAGGGCAUCCCAUUGGGGCUGGCAGGCAGCAUCCCAUUCAUCUUGCAGAGCAAGAAUGUCAGCUAUAAGGACCAGGCUUUUUUCAGCUUUGUCUUUUGGCCUUUCAGUCUCAAGCUGCUCUGGGCCCCAUUGGUGGAUGCAGUCUACUUCAAGAGCUUUGGCCGCCGCAAGUCCUGGCUUGUGCCCACUCAGUACAUCCUGGGGUUUUUUAUGAUGUACCUGUCCACACAGGUAGACUUCCUCUUAGGCGAUGUGGAGGGCAAGAGUCCUGAUGUGGUGGCCCUCACUGUGACUUUCUUUUUGUUUGAGUUCCUGGCCGCCACACAGGACAUUGCUGUGGAUGGCUGGGCACUGACUAUGUUGUCCCGGGAAAAUGUGGGCUAUGCUUCCACUUGUAACUCUGUUGGCCAAACAGCUGGUUAUUUCUUGGGAAAUGUCUUGUUCUUGGCCCUUGAAUCUCCCUCCUUCUGUAACAAAUAUUUGCGGUUCCAACCUCAACCCAAAGGAAUUGUUACCCUUUCAGAUUUCCUAUUUUUCUGGGGAGCUGUCUUCUUAAUAACUACUACUUUAGUUGCCCUCUUGAAAAAGGAAAACAAGGAAGUAACACCAUCAAAAGAAGAAACAAAAGGCAUUACUGAUACGUACAAACUGCUCUUCUCGAUAGUAAGAAUGCCAGCAGUUCUUACUUUCUGUAUCCUGAUUUUAACAGCAAAAGUUGGCUUCUCAGCAGCGGAUGCAGUAACAGGACUUAAAUUGGUGGAAGAAGGAGUACCUAAAGAACACUUAGCUCUACUAGCUGUUCCAAUAGUACCUUUACAGAUAAUAUUGCCUCUGAUCAUCAGCAAAUACACAGCAGGUCCACGGCCACUGAACACAUUUUACAAAGCCAUGCCUUUUAGGUUACUGAUAGGCUUGGAAUUUGCUCUUUUGGUUUGGUGGACUCCUAAAGUACAACAUGAAGGAGGAUUUCCUAUCUAUUACUAUAUUGUGGUGUUGCUGAGUUAUGCUUUACAUCAGAUUACAUUAUACAGCAUGUAUGUUGCUAUAAUGGCUUUCAAUGCCAAAGUUAGUGAUCCAUUGAUUGGAGGAACAUAUAUGACACUUCUAAACACUGUGUCGAAUCUGGGAGGAAACUGGCCUGCUACGGUAGCUCUGUGGCUUGUUGAUCCACUUACAGUGAAAGAGUGUAUAGGCGCACAGGAACAGAGUUGUGGAACUACAGCUGCUGCAGAACACUGUACAAAACUUGGUGGUUCUUGUGUUACGAUGCUGGAUGGUUAUUAUGUAGAAUCCAUAAUCUGCGUUGCUCUGGGAUUUGUCUGGUGGUUCCUCCUUGGGUCAAAACUUAAAAAGCUGCAAGAUGAAGGACAAUCUUCAUGGAAAUGCAAGAGGACCAACUGAUGUAAUUUAAAUACUGGAUGGAACUAGCAAAUUGUUAGAGCUUAAUUUUAGUGCAGAGACAUUUCAUACUCAUUAAACAGGAGUAUACAUAUUUUUAAAAUGCCAAAUGGCUGGGAAAACUAAGACCACUAAAAGUGGCAUUUGUGUAUGCAAUACCAUUUGCUCUAUGUGAAAAUCUAGUUAAGGUCAGAAAAGUAAUUCUCAAAAAUGGCAAGUUUGUACUACAGAUUUAUGUCCUCAUGGCUGCCUUUAUAUGUUUAGACAAGCAACACUUAAAUUGCAGUACAGUAGCUAUAGAAGAGCAAACUGUUCCACACAUAUACAUCUCAAAAUCAGCAUUUUCAGCAAAGUUCUGUGUUCUCUUUAUAUAAAAAAAAAAAUGUUAAGCAGAAACAAUUUUGGCUUGAUCAAUUAACAAGUUGGCCUUGGCAGUGCUGUCAUUUAAAAGAAUAUUUAAUUUUGUAAACUAAGCAUAUAUAAACUAGCAGUGAUUGAGGAAGAAUAAAUGUAGAACACACAUGUCAUUUUCUUAUCACUUUCCUGACCACAACCACACUUCAAUGGAUGAAACUGUGUUUAAAAGCCUCUUUUAAAUGUAUUUUCUGGCUUUUAUAAGCUUUAAAGAUUUAUAAGAAACAUAACAUUUUUUAUAGAUUUGAAAGUUAUGCCUUUUAAUUUAUUGUCUCCUCUUGUUUCAAGGCACUUUGUUUCAAAAAGUAAAUCAACUGGUUUUUUUUUUUUUUUUUUCCUUUUCAGUAAAACUAGUAUGAGGUGGGAUUUAUGUAAUGAGUGCCGCACAAUGCCCUUAGUAAGCCUUGAGUGUUGAAGGGUCAGAUCGAGUGUUGAAGCUUUUGUGUGUUAAAGGCUAAGCUUCAAAAUAAUAAAAGCUGGCGUAAUCCUUACUGGGUUCUGUUUGCAUUUGUGAGGGAGAAAUGUGACUAGCUGUAUAGCUCUUGUAUUACGAGAGAAUUGGAACAUACAGAUUAGAAAAUGAGUGAGAAGUCAUAAACAUUUAUGUAUAGCCCAAAGAGAAGGGUGAACAAAAGACAUUCAGUGCCUUUGAAAGAUGUAGUGUGUGGUCAUGAUAAAAUUGCUCAUUACAGCACAUUAAUCAGUUAAGAAAUAGGUUGUAACUAACUGUACCAAGCAAGAUAUGUUGCAUCAUCUAAAACAAUUCCUUCAAAAACUCAUAAACUGGUACUUUGUAAUUGAGAUUUGCUUGCUACAGUCAGUAUCAGAUGAAUCAGCUUCUUGAGUGCCUUAAUGACGCACAGUGUGCUGUAUAUCCAAUGAAAAGGCACUUAUAUAUUUUGUUGGAUGUAUGUUAUACAUCAUUACUUCAAUUGAAUGAUAUUAAAAAUACCUUGUAAAGGUAUGACAGGUUAAUAUCUGAUUCCUUAUAAUACACAAUUAAAUAUCAGAUGUUCUACCUGUCUUGUGUGCUUUUAAUAUUUUUAAAGGAAACUGUUUUUUGCUGAAAUAUAAAUUAACAUUAAUUCUUGAUUCUAAUUGAAUUACGAGUAAACAUAAUGGUAGGGUUUUUGUUUAGGUCUGGGGAGUAAAAGAUUAUUGGUAGCAGUUGGGAGGGAAGGUUUGUUUGUUUCAGUACUAAAGAUUGCUCCCCUACCUCCUCUCACCCUCCCCGUCACCUCCAUCCACAAUAAAAAAAAAUAAGCUUGUAUUUGGCUGGAUGUCAUCAGAGAACACAGAAGCGCAGAAUUGAGACAUAGCUGGAGUUAUGAACUCCAGUUUCCUCUUGCUGCAGUGUGUUGGUCCGGUUUAGCAAUAGCACAUUAUCCGUAUUUUAAUUCUCUUAAAAUAACUGAUUAAGAAAUCAAGCCGACUUACUUGAAUAUAAAAGCACAGCUCUCGCAUGAAAUAUUUUCAUUUUCCAAAAUCUUUAAGAUAAAGCUUAAAUUAUUUGCGUUAAUUUCAACCCAUUACUGUCUGCUGGAUAAGUGCAAACAGAACAUACUGCUGGGUUUAGUAGCAUAGGAAAGCAGUUGUCGGUUUUCAGCCAUGACCAAAAGUCCUCUAAUGGCUUGAAUGUGGCUUUUACUUUUUGCCUGCUUUUACAAAAACUUAUGGACUGCAGAAUAUAUACAACUAAAUGCAGAAAUUUUUACAGUUGGCCCUCCUUUUGCAGUUCUGUAUUACUGAUUCUACAUGUGCCAAGGUGAUUCUUAUUAAUAAAAUGUUUUGUAUUUGAAGUAGCUUAAUCAUCAGAGCACCUUUUCAAUUUCUAAAUAAAACCGAAAACCAAAAUCAAUAGUAAAACAAAGUAAUGUAUUUGAAAUGUACUUUCUUUAGGUAAAAGACAUAGUUUAAUAACUACUUGCAAUGUCUGGUCUGUCAAAUGAAGGACUAUCUUGUGCUGUGUUUUAACAUUGCUUAAAUUGGAAAUGCUGCAGUUAUAAUAUUUGAGUGGCAGAUUGCUAAAUGAUCCUGUUAACGGUACAUUUUUUCUCUCUCAUAAAGAGGAAUAAAUUGUUGUUUUGAAGGGAAGGAAUUAACAUCUAAAAAAUAACACCAGAUCAGAGAUGCUAAAAAUGGUAGCUACGUUUUAUUAAGAUCUAGAUGUGCACAGAUUUCAACUGGAAUGAUAACUUACUAUUUAAUAUUUAAAUGGGAAAUUGGGGAAAGUGAAGCACAUUCUAGGUACUAUUAUGUGGAAACAUUGCAUAAUGUAAACGGGUAAAUAUAUUGCCUCUUAGUCAAUAGAUGUUUUAUGGCACCAAGUAAAACUUUUUUCCACAGCACACCUAGGGAGCAGAAUGACUAGUGACCUUUGUACACAGGCACACCUAGCUCAUUAGUCUGAAUCUAGUUCUGGAUUGCAGUGAUCAAAAGUCAUUAUCAUUUAUCUAUAAUAAGGAUCUCAGCCAAAUAAGUUGGUGUUCUCAGACCCUUUCUUAGUAGGUAGUUGGUCUUGUCAUAAAUAUCAAGCACUCCAGUUUAGCAGUCACAGCAAAGAGCUGAAGGAUUGAUAGGCCAUGUAAACUGAAGUUAUCUGCUUUGUUUCCAUAUCUCUCCAGAACAGAGUUGAGGUGCAUUGGUUGGGCAGUGUGGGAAUGUUCUUGUAUUCAUUUUGUAAAGAGAUUUUUUUUAAAAAAAAUUCUAAUGUUGUCAGUCUAUUACCCUUUCACAAGCAUUUAAACCUUUUUCCCUUUUAAAUCAACAAUUAGUGUCUCAAGUUGCUUAGAAAUACUUUAUUCUUAACUAGCACUCAAGUAGAUUAGCCUAGUACCAACUUUUGUGAUGUACCAAUAAUAGCGAGUUUUCUGCAAAGUUUUAAUAUUUCAUUGUAGUUUUGUGAAAUUACAUUGAAAGCUACCUGAAAACAAACAACCAGUGAUCUGAAAUAUGGUAUAAAUAUAUAAGUGACUGAUAAAGGAUGGUGUAGAGAUCUCGAGUCUUAAUAAAACAGGACAGGGAGAUGUUAGACUGGGGGAUCUCAACUUUUAUGAGCCAGGCCUUCCCUCCUCCUGCCCCCCCCCCCACCCUUUUUUUUAAUAUUGAAGCCUUGCUUCACAAAAUGGGAUUUUCCAAUGUAAUCAGGAUGGAACUGGAUCUAUUAAUAUAUUGAUUUCUAAUAAAGGAGAUGCUACUUUACAUAAAUCAGACAGCAAGAUCAACAGACUAAUUGUGCAUAGGCUAGGAAACCUUGUAAACCUUAAUACCCACAAAGUUUUCAGGGCAGUAUUUCUCAAUGUCAGCAUUAAAGAAUGCUAGUGGGCUCUGCAACCCUGUGUGCCAGGUUACAUUGCCACUUCUUCAAAUUUGGCCCAGAUGACCCUCUGUUGUGAUGGAGGGGUGACCAACCCUAAUUUGAGUGGCUGCAAUCCUGUGUGUCAGGACACAAUGUUGCUCACUCCUGUGGUCGUAAUGCCACUCAUUCAAAUUUGGCCUGGCCCUCCCCUUUGUCAUGAUUGAGGGGUGGCCGGGCAAAAUUUGAGUGAGUGGCACUGUGAACGAGUAAGACUUGCUGAUGGCCCCACCCCUAUGCUGAGAACUGCUGUCACACAGUCUAUAUUACAGAAUGGAUCUUAUUGCAUUAAUCCAACAAACUUGUUAGGAUUCAAUCCUGCAAGGUGCUGAGCACCCUCAACUCCCAUUUGAAGACUGUAGGAGUUGAGGGUUUGUAGCAUCUUGCAGAAGUACGCAGAAUCUUGCAGGACCAGUCAGAAUUCUUAACAUAACCAUUUUUGCACAUCAUCUAAAGCUACGGCAAAGAGAUGCUUUGAAGGCUGUCUGUACAUGGUUGGGUGUGUGAUAUUUUAUAACUUAUUAAAUAUCAUUCUGAUAUAAGUCACUACCUUGUAAUUCUAUCAUGGAAAAAUCCAGGUUUAGAGGAUUUAUAUUUUGUGAACUCAACUUGAUUUUUUUUCCACUACAAGUUAAUUGAAAUAUUGUAAAACGUUCAAACGUAACACAAAUUUCAAAGAACAUUUUUUCCAGUGAAAAUCGUAUAAUACAUGGUUACUUCUAGUUCGUUACUAGAUCUGCAAGGCUGAAAUCUGUUGUGUGAAACAUUUUAAGUUUGAACCCUCUACAUAGCAUUAAAAGGUUCUUGAUACAGGAACACGAAUACUCUUUUCAUUGUUGCCUUGGUUUAUAAGUUUGACUGAACUCUGUACUGUAUCUGAAAUGUCAUGACCAUAUUGGUAUUGUCUAAUAUACUGCUUUUUCCUGAGAAGCCUAAAACUGGUAAUUUGAGAUAGACCUGUAAGAUAUAAAAGUGGAUAUGGCCAUUGGUGUGUUAAUGAUUACUUCUGUACUGUUAAUGAAAGCUGGUAGAAUGUACUGCAUAAAUUAACCUCUUCAUAUUUAGCACUGGGGAGACUCGAUUUCAGCAGUUGGCUGAUAUCCAGGAACUCUGGUUAAGAAUGAAUUUAUUAUGAAAUUCAGUUACUGUUGAACUAAUAUUGGGAAAACAAUAAAAUAGUAUGUGUAUGCUGGAAUAUUCCAAAAACAUUGUUUUUCUAUUAAGUGUACUGUCCUGGAGAUACAUGUUAAUAAAUGGGGAGAUUUAAUAAUUCUAUGCAGUCUGCUUACGAUACAAGAGAAAUAAAGCACACACUACUAUUUUAAAUUAUUAUUGUUUAAAUUAAAGUGAAUAUUAAUCUUGUUAAACUGGAACAAAACUACAGUGGAACCAUAACUAACAUGCCCAGGGACCAUUGUAAAUGGCUGAUUUUAUUUAAAGUUACCUCCAAAUCCAUUUUGCUAAAAUGAGAAACUAUUGUUUUAAAAAAUAUUUUUGUUAAAGGAUUCAUUAUUGUUUGUAGUGCUGUAGCUGUGUUGGUCCCAGGAUAUGAGAGAGACAAGGUGGAUGAGGUGAUAUCUGUUCCUGGACCAACUUCUGCUGGUGGAAGGGACAAGCUUUUGAGUGUCACAGAGUUCUUCACCCUGAGGAAGAGCUCUGUGAAGCUUGAAAGCUUGUCCCUUCCACCAACAGAAGUUGAUCCAGGAAUAGAUAUUGCCUCACCCAUCUUGUCUCCAAGUUUAUGAAGUCUGUUCUGGGACUCUUAAAAUCGUUCACUUAUUAAAGUGUGACGACACCAGAUGGUUACUUCCUUGCUCAUCAUUAAAAUGCUGAAUUUAUGGAAACAUUAGACUGGAAGAUCUUUCGAUUCAUUUGUUCCACUUAUUUCAAUAAUGUGAUGCUACAAUUUUUAAAUGGUUUUUUAGGUAUUUUGUGCAUUUCACUUUGUUUUGCAAUGAAAGCAUUCCUUGAAAUACUUUUUUUCUUUUUCAAAUAAAGGAUAAUUAAAUACAGACUUGCUGGUAA